AUGAACAUGAGACGGCUCUGCCUCUCUGCAGCCCUUCUCGUCCUCCUCGGCACCCUGGUGGCCGGCACCCCGGGGGGUGAAACCAGCAACCAGGCCCAAGUCCCGGCAGCCCUGCGCCCUGCCUUGUGCCUGGAGCCUCCCUACACGGGUCCCUGCAGGGCCCUGUUCAUCAGAUACUUCUACAAUGCCAAGUCUGGGCUCUGCGAGACCUUCGUUUACGGUGGGUGCAGAAGGAAGCAGAACAACUUCCUGGAUAAGGACGACUGCAUCAGCACCUGUGGUGGCCGCAACAGGGCCCUAGGAGCGCCGGGCAGCUGGGCUCCCCUGAGAUGGUGA